AUGCACACUUUUUAUUUCUCUGCAGAGAGCGACACACCAAUCUCCACACGUACCCGGAGCAGCGAGCACAGGUGGAGGAAGAGAGUCAGAGACGAAGAUGGGACAAAAGAGGUGGAUACCCGGCCAGACAAAAUCAACAGGAUGGAGAUGGAAGAAGUGGAGAGGAAGGAAUUCACCCCUGCUGACGGUUUAGGAGGAGUUGAAUCAGUGACUGAGGUUCCAGCUGAGACACCAACUGUGAAAGUGAACAGCAAGCAGGAUGAAGACAAGAAGGGUGGUGCAGCAGAAAAGGAUGAAUCCGCCAUCCAGAACAGCUCUGGCGAUGAGGAAGAGGAGAUGGAGGUUAUGGAACAGGCAGAGGAACACAAAGCUCCUGUAGAAAAAACUAUGGAUGCUUCAGAGGAGACCACUGCAGAGGUUCCUCAUGUAGAUGAGGAUAACCAAGUAAUGAAAGUUGGUCCUAUAGUGCAUUUGCAGCAAAAAGUGAAGGAUGCUCCUGCAUCUGAGGAGGAUAUGGUUGUUGAACAUGAAAAGAAAGAAGCAGACAAGCAAGUUGCUCCUGCAGAUAAGAAUCAGGAAGUAUCUCCUAUGGCUAAUGAGAAAAAAGAAGUAGCUCCUGCAGUUCAUGAGGAACAAGAAGUAGCUCCUGGUUUAGAGGAGUCACAAAAAGUAAGUUCUGCCAAUAAGGACAAUGUAGUUGUAGUAGCUCCUGCAGCUGAGGAGGAGGAGGAUGAAGCUCCUACAGCAGUGGAAGAGCAGGAAGAAGUUCCUCCAGCUAAGGAGAAGCAAUAUGUGGAUGUGGAGGAACUGGAUGUUGCUCCUUCUGUUGAGGAAGAGCCAGAGGUAGCUCCUGAAAAUGGGAAAAAUAAAGUAAUGCCUUCUGCUGAGGAGGAAGUAGCUUCAGAAACUGAUGAUGAUGAAGUAGCUCCUAAAGUUCAGAAACAAAAAGUAGAUUUUCUAGCUGAGGAAACAUCAUCGUCUUCACUUGCCACAGAUCCUGAGGAAGAACAAGGACAGGACGAGGAGGCUAUGGAUAUAUUGAAUAAUAUGGAGGAAAUAGCUGAUGUAUCUGAACAGUCUUCUAAGGAAGAUGAGAGUCAGCCUUGUGGAGAGAAAGAAAACAACACACUGGCAGUGGAGGAUAAGGAGGAAGCUCAAAUUGAGGAGGAGAUGGAUGAGGAGGAAGAGGAAAAAAACGCACCUGAUUUCUCAGCGGUACACCAGGCGUCCAGAACAAAAGCAGCGCUUCCGACCUCCAAACGCACCUCCAAGAGACUGAGCAAGAUGACUGUGGAGGAUGAUGAAGACGAACAGGGAGAGUCGAACGUGAUAGAGGAAGACAAGGGAAUGAGCUCAGAGGAAGAAAAGGUCACGACAGAGGAGGAGGCAGAGCACAGUUCAGAGGAGGAGGAGCAAGUACAGGAUCCACCUGUGAUUGACAAGCGUGUAUUGAGGGGGAAAACCAAAGUGAUCCAGACGACACAGCGAACCAGAUCCAAACGGCGUGGCAAGAUCUAAAGAAACACCACAUGCACACUUCCUCACUGAAACUCCCUUAACAUGCACACUUUUUAGUAACAAUCACAUAUGAAACGAAACGGCACCGAACAGCCACUAGUGAGGUUUAAAGCUCUUGCGUGUAGGAAGUGUGUGCUCAUUUGUGUGCAUAUUCGUGUCUACGCAAAACACACACAUUUACAACUGGGCUUAAACCUGAUGUGCAGGGUUUUAUAGUGCUGGGUUUUUAUAUUGAGGUUCGGGGUUACGUUGAUUUACCGUCUUCUAACUGUUACUAAACUCUUUGUUAACUAAAUUUUUAUUACCAAAACAGUAAAAAAAAAAAAAAAAAAAAAGAUUUGUAUAAAAUAUAUCAGCUUUCUGUCCAACAUAUACAAAACCUACAGUCACGGCCUCGCCAAUGAUCCUUCAUAAUUUCCACAAAGUUUAAGAUCAGACAGUCAGAAUUAUAUUAUAAUGUUAUAACCAUCAAAUUAUAGACAUAAACCAUGAGAGUAAAUGCAGCUCUUUUCUCUCUUUUUUUUUUUUUUUUUUUUAAGCGAAAGUAGAUGUAGGAUUCGUAAAUGAGAGUAUGAAGAAUUGACCAAAAUAAAUAUACUACUAAUAUAUACCAGUAUUACAGAUACAGAGGCAGCCAUUUUACUUUAGGAAAUACUCGUGAACUGAAGUAAAAAAAUUAAUCCCUUUAUGUUCACUUAAAUGUGACAAAUUUGUUCUUUUUAUCUUAGAGGCCUUAAUGUGAACAGUUCUUGUGCUGAAUAAUAUACCAAUAUAAUACAUUUGUAACUUCAGUAUUAGAAAAAAUGCAUUUUAGGUUAAAAUUUUAGCCUUGACUGCUUGUGAAUUUGUUUUUGUUUCUUUUUUCAAACUUGCGUUCACCACACGAGGGAGCCCUAGAGUUAAAACACGUGAACACACACCCACUCUUACUUCUGAUUUCCCUGCACACAUCUUAAUAGCAGUUAUAGAAAUGAUUGUUGGGUGUCACAAUGUGUUUGUCUGAGCCUUGUAUUGGUACCUAUCACCUAUCAGAUCUUCACUUUUACUGCGUUUCCAAUUAGACUGUAUGUAAUAUUGUACCCAAGUAAACAUUUCAAGCCUGAUGCCCCUUUUUUUAUUGUAAAUCAGGUUUUAUUGUGAGAAUUUCUUCUAUUUUGCAAACGUUCCUUCUUUUGUUCAAGCUAUGACUUUAUUUCUGUAGUGAAUAAAUCAAUAUCUUAAUAUA